AUGAUAAUGACAGAAUCACGGGAAAUUAUAGACUUGGCCCCUCCAGCUCAGACUUCGCAGGAGCAGGAAGAUCUCCUAAUAGUGAAGGUAGAAGAAGAAGACUGUACUUGGCUGCAGGAGGCGUACAGUCCACCAACAUUUGAGACUUUUUACCAGCGCUUCAAGCAUUUUCAGUAUCGUGAGGUAUCAGGACCCCAGGAGGCACUCAGUCAACUCCGGGUGCUCUGCUGUGAGUGGCUGAGGCCAGAGCUGCACACCAAGGAGCAGAUCCUGGAGCUGCUGGUGCUGGAGCAGUUCCUCACCAUCCUGCCUGAAGAAUUCCAGACCUGGGUGAGAGAACAGCACCCAGAAAGUGGGGAAGAGGCUGUGGCUGUGGUAGAAAAUAUACAGAGAGAACUUGAGGCGCGCAGGCAACAGAUUGUUGCAUGUCCUGAAGAGCUUCCUCAGAAGGUGGCAUCACCUAGAGCUGUGCAGGAGCCCUCCAGAGAGCAGCUCCUGACCGUGGACACCCAACCCAGACAAAAGCCACAGCAGUCUCACUUUCUGGAGGAAAAUGCCCUUCCUAGUCUACAAGUUCCUUUCCUUCCCUUGAAGGACAGCCUUAGAGACCAGGAGUUCACAUCUUCACUUCUCUCCGCUGGGUCCCAGAAGUUGGUAGAAAUAGAAGAGGUGAUUGAUAUGGCUGUUUCUUUCAGCCUUGUGGAAUGGGGGCGUUUGGAUCCAUCCUAGAAGAACCUUUAUACGGAUGGCAGGAAGGAAAAUUAUGGGAGUAUUCUUUCCAUUGGUUCUGAGUCCAGGAAUGGCAAAAUGGAACUUAGAGUCGAGCAGAUUUCUGAUGAUGCCAGAUCACACUGGAUGGCUCAUGGAAGCACUGAAAGAAAUGUUCCUCAGAGGCCAGAGUUGGCAGAAGUUAGUGAACUUCAGGGCAUGGUCGAAAGGUGGCAGGUAAACCCCACUGUGGGGAAAUCAAGGCAGAACCCUUCCCAAAAAGGAGAUCUUGGUGGAAUCGCAGGCAUUAGCCGUAAGCAACACACAAAUGUUGAGAGAGGACACAAGUGUAAUGACUGCGGUAAAUUUUUCCUUCAAGCCUCAAACUUUAUUCAGCAUCGGCGAAUCCACACUGGAGAAAAACCGUUUAAAUGUGGUGAAUGUGGGAAAAGCUAUAAUCAGCGUGUGCACCUUACUCAGCACCAGAGAGUCCACACUGGUGAGAAGCCCUAUACCUGUCAGGUGUGUGGAAAAGCUUUCCGGGUGAGCUCACAUCUUGUUCAGCAUCAUAGCGUGCACAGUGGAGAGAGGCCUUACGGAUGUAAUGAAUGUGGAAAAAACUUCGGUCGGAAUUCCCAUCUGAUUGAACAUCUGAAACGCCACUUCAGAGAGAAAUCCCAAAGAUGCAGUGACAAAAGGAGGAAAAACACAAAAUUGAAUGGUAAGAAGAAAAUUUCAGAAUUUCCAGAAGCAGAUGUGGAACUAUCAAGGAAACUCCAAAGGAAUAAUUCUCAAGUUGAAGAUUUUGGAGAAGACUGUGAAAACCAAGGCAAGUUGAAUAAAAAUCAGGUAAUUCCCAUGAAAGCAGUACUAAGACAACUUCCUUCAAAGAGGAUCAAUUUCAAUGAUGUCACAUAUGCCCCUAACAAAUCUUCUAUAGGAGAGAGACCAUAUAAAUGUGAUGAAUGUGGGAAAAGCUUUAUUCAGAGUGCACAUCUUAUUCAACAUCAACGAAUACACACUGGGGAGAAACCAUUUCAGUGUAAUGAAUGUGGGAAAAGCUACAAUCAACGUGUACACCUAACUCAACAUCAGCGAGUGCAUACUGGUGAAAAACCCUAUUCCUGUCAUUUAUGUGGGAAAGCUUUUAGAGUGAGGUCCCAUCUUGUCCAGCAUCAGAGUGUCCACAGUGGGGAGAAACCUUUUAAGUGUAAUGAGUGUGGGAAAGGUUUUGGCAGGCGGUCACAUCUUGCUGGACAUCUGAGACUCCACACUAGAGAAAAAUCCCAUCAGUGUCAUGAAUGUGGAGAAAUCUUCUUUCAAUAUGGUAGUUUGGUUGAGCACCAGGUGCUCCACCAGCAUCAGAAAAAUGAAAAAAAUGGCAUUUGUGAAGAAGCAUAUAGCUGGAAUGUAACAGUGUUUGAAGAUAAGAAGAUUGAGUUACAAGAGCAGACUUAUAAGUGUGAUAUAUGUGGAAAAGCCUUUAGUUACAGUUCAGAUCUUAUUCAGCAUUACAGAACUCACACUGAAGAGAAAACCUAUGAAUGUGAUGUUUGUAGAGAAAAUGUUAGCCAAUGUUGCCACCUAAAACAACAGCAAAAAAUCUAUUCCACCUCAAAGCCCUAUCAAUGUAAUGAAUGCGGAAGAGGCUUCACUCUCAGAUCACAUUUUAAUCAGCAUCAAAGAAUCCAUACUGAUGAGAAACCUUUUCAAUGUAAAGAAUGUGGAAUGAAUUUCAGUUGGAAUUGUAGCCUCUUUAAACAUUUGAGAAGCCAUGAGAGAACUGAUCCUGUAAAUACCGUAAGUAUAUAG